GCGCUACAAAUGACGUCAGCAAAAACCAUUUGCUUUGAAGCCGAGAUCUGGGGGAAGAAGAGGUUGGCGAAUAGUUGUAUGAUAUUCUAGAGUCUAAUCGUUUCGUUGCAGAUCUGGGACAGCAUUGCCUAGUUAAGGAAUUCCUUGCUCCAACGUCUACUAUUCCUGCCGUUGUAAUCUGAUCAUUUGGCCCUAGGAUUAAAGUCCAAUAAUGUCAGAUGUGCGGAUGUUAUAGUGGAUGGCCACCUCAACAGAAGAUUAUUAGAAGACAGAGGAAGACGAGCUCCUUGUCAAUGGAACACAACACUAACAUGUUACCACUUGAAAAUGCAUCCAUUCUUUCAGAAGGCUCUCUACAAGAUGGUCAUCGCUUGUGGAUUGGCAACGUGGAUCCUAAAAUAACAGAGUAUCACCUUUUAAAACUGCUUCAAAAAUUUGGAAAAGUAAAGCAAUUUGAUUUUCUGUUUCACAAAUCUGGACCACUAGAAGGACAGCCCAGAGGAUACUGUUUUGUAAACUUUGAGACAAAAGCAGAAGCAGAGCGAGCAAUACAUUGUCUCAAUGGGAAAAUGGCCCUUUCCAAGAAACUUGUGGUAAGAUGGGCCCAUGCACAAAUUAAGAGAUAUGAUAACUGUAAAAAUGAAAAAGUUUUACCGAUCAGUCUUGAGCCAUCUUCAAGCACAGAACCAACUCAAUCUACCCUAAGUGUCAGCGCCAAGAUUAAAGCCAUUGAAGCUAAACUGAAAAUGAUGGCAGAAAAUCCAGAUCCAUUGCUCCCUGGACAGUCAUCCUAUUCCUACUUCAAGGCAAAUGAGAAGAAAAAAUGCACACCAUACCAUAAAUCUUCAUUGAAAUCAAAGAGAUGACCUUAAAUCCACAAUGCACUACAGUUGUGUCACAGGCAGCAAAUGUUGCUAUAGUACUAAGCAAACCUCACUUGACUCUUAACUCAUUGCUGCAGAUUUAAUUGUGAAGAACACAGGCACACAUAUUCCAAUUUUAUUUUUAUUUAAGAUAUCCGAUUUCUUGACAGUCUUUUUGUUAUGCAAGUACUUUUACUUGAGUCCUGUAUUAUCUGGAGAAGGUUUUAGAAAGCAUUAAUUAGGAAAUAGCAGAAAGUCUUAAUCACAAAUGUCAAGUUGCAUACGUGACAAAAGUCAGCAUGGUGCUAAAAAAGCAUGAAACCUGGACAUAUUCAUAUUACCAUCAUUAGUAAUCCCUACUGACUUAUAACUCUCCAGUGUCUUUCCAGUACUAGCACAAAGCUAAGCUAUAGUUUAGCCUUUUCUAACCAUGUCCGAGGGUCUUCAUAUUGCACUGAGCUCUGUGGACAAGAAUGUUUAUAGAACUGCUGGCAUGGAGAAGGGGUUUACUUAUGCAUGGGAAGUUUUCUAAUGGUGUUGAUGCACUCAAUAUUUAUCCACACAAGGGAGAUGUUGGUUUGUACAAUCUGGAAAUUAUAUUUAUCAGUAUAUGAAAAAUGCCUGUAUGUAAUUUGAGCUACUGUUUGAGGACCAUCAUUUAAGCAGGAUCCGUUAUCAAAAUUCCAGGAGCAUCCAGAACAGCAAAUAUAAAUUCAGCCCAAACCUAUGGAAACCUGUCUUUUAAGAAACUAUAAGACUUUGGAAAUAAAGUUUUGGCAAGACUUGACAAUAUUAUUGCAAGGGGACUCGGGGUGUUUAUACACUCCUGAUUUUUUUAAUCAAAUAUGGAAAAAUUGCUGCCUGUUUCUUCUGUUUGUUAUAAUACAUAAAAUGACAGAAUAUUAUGACUGCGAAUAUGUCACUAAAAUAAUUUUGUUUAUCUUUUCUUUGCUUACUAUUUUUGUGUAUUUCCUAUUUUAUGCAGCUGUUUCUCCCCUGUGCACUCUACUAUCAGCAUUAGCCCUGCCUUUCCCUUCCAGUUUUUCUGAUGUUCCUUUUCUACUUUUUUUCCCCCUUCUUUUAAAGUUAAAAUUAGGGAUGCACCGAAUCCACUAUUUUGAAUUCAGCCGAAUCCUUCUCAAAAGAUUCGCCCGAAUACUGAACUGAAUCGGAAUCCUAAUUUGCACAUGCAAAUUAGGUGUGGGAAGGGGAAAACAUUUUUUACUUCCUUGUUUUGUGGAAAAAGUCACAUGAUUUUCCUCUUCGCCCCCAAUUUGCAUAUGCAAACUAGCGUUCGGCCGGGCAGAAGGAUUUGGCCAAAUCCGAAUCCUGCUGAAAAAGGCUGAAUCCCAAACCGUUUCCUGGAUUCCAUGCAUCCCUAGUUAAAAUUACGUUUUUUGAAUGAUAGUAGUGAAAUCAGAUUGCCAGGGUCGUGAAAUGAUACAAAUGCCAUGUUUUCAUUUUCCUACCUUUACUCUUUCCUCUUCUUUCUCUCCUAAUUUGAUCUACCAGUCAUAUAAGCCACUGCAAUCAUUAUAUGCCUCUUUUAUUUUAAAAUAACUGCUGCUUCUAUGUUCUUGCUUUCUGUCCACAUAGGUUCUCUACAUUAACUCAUCCCUUUUUUGCCCCCUACUUUCUGCAGUUGCAUUCAUUCCUUAGUAUCCUGGACCUAAAACUUGCUCUAAUAAUGUAUUUUUGUGCUGCUCCCUCCUGUAGAUUAAUUUGUGCAAAACUCUACCAUACCACAAAUUCUGCACACUUUCUGUAAAUGUAUUUAAUCCAUUACUACAUUGCAGCUACUUAUCAGCACCCCAACCCCCUUUGUAUUAUUGGACUGCACUGAUGGCCACCUUGUUGUACUGUCCUUUUAAAAGUCCCUAAGCAAGGUUGAAUUUCUGCCACAGAUAGCCUAGGGCCUCCAAAUGGCACUCGUAAAAACCAGUAUUUGUGGAGCACGCUACCUUUGUUGAAACCUUUAAACUGUCUGCUUACAGUCUCCCUUCUGUAUACAAACAGUCAGAAAUGGCAUGCCUGAUCCAUCCAAGCUCUCAGAUGCUACUGGGAUAUGUUAACAACACUUAUAGGGAAAAGGACUUUCAUGAAAACGGUAAAAUUGUGCCCUUCUGGUUGAUUAGAGCAACAUUUUCUUUCAGUUAUUCCAUAUUAAACCCUAAUGUUUUAUCAGUAUUUGCCAAAUGAUUCAUUUCCACUGUUUUGUUGCAAACAUUAAAUAAAGACUUUGUUUCAGAA